GGAUUACGUUGAUAAUUACAGGAGAUAAUUAUAGACGACGAUAGUUUAUCAUUCACGAUUCCCCGCGAUAUGCAGGGUAGACGAUCGAUAUUAAACUCCACUUAACUCAGGGAAAGCUCAUUGUGUAUAGUUGAACAGUUGAGGCUUACAUUUCUGUCGUACUGGCUGCCGACACGUCGCAAUCGUUACGCCUCAUCGCUCAAAAGUUGGGCGUAUGGACAAUGCGAUAUGGUAAUCACCGAACGCAGGUGAUAACGCUCGAUGAUCGUGUCAAUUGUGCGCGUCCGAGAAAGUUAAGCCUAUCGCUCGUCCGUCGUUUAUAACUCACGCACGUUCCCUGAAAAGAAUGACGAUUGAAUUGAAGAAAUUUCUUUAUGGACUCUUGUGCGAUGUAGAAGGUUUGCAUAGCAUCUUAAUUACAGAUAGGGAUGGAGUACCUGUUAUAUCUGUAGCCAAUGAAAAGGCACCAGAAUUAGCAACAAGAGCUAGUUUCUUAUCUACUUUUGGAAUGGCUACAGAUCAGGGGAGUAAAUUGGGGCUUGGAAAAAAUAAAACUAUUAUAUGCAUGUAUAGUAAUUAUCAGGUAAUCCAAAUGAAUAAAUUACCGUUGGUUGUUACCUUUAUCGCUAGUCAUGAUUGCAACACUGGCCACGUACUAUCGUUGGAAAAUAAGAUUGAUCCUAUUUUAAGUAGUUUAAAAAAUGCUGUAGUGGAAGCCUGAUGGUUACCCGUUGUUCAUUAUGGGUGAUAAAUGCUGAAUACUGUUUAGAUAUAAAUCUGUGAGUUAUUGCAAGUAUUGCAUAAACAUACACUUUUCAAGGAUGAAAGAUGAAAGAUCCAUUCUCACGUUUCUAUUUGCUUGUAUUCUAAUGUGACAAGUGUGUCUUGAAAAGUAAUGGUUAUUAAUUCCAUAUAUUUUGAGAUAAAAAAAUUAUUAUAAAAAGAUUCUUGAAAAAUUCAGAUAUACUUGAAGUUAAAACAUUUGUUUAUAAACAAAAUAUACAUAUCUUUUAUGAAUCAUAUGAAACAUAUGUCGUAACUUUCCAAUUUAUAUUAAGUCAUAAAUAAAAUAUUAAGAAUUUUUUGAAAAUUAAACUUAAAGAUCAAAUCUGAAAACUUUCUCAUGAGAGAGAAAAAUUUAGUUUUUUUAUAGCUCAAUUUUUUCCGCGUUUGUAGUCACAAUGAAUGAUUGUUUUGAAGACAGGAAUUAAUAAUUGCUGUAAAAAAACUGUUUGAUGGUAAAAAUGAUAUAUAGAAUAAUGGUAAAUAGUAAUAAAAAAAAGAAUGAAAUGUAUAAGACUUAUAAAUAUAGAUAUCUAAUAUGUGUCUCCAAAAUUGCAUGGAAUCACACACAGGGUUAAGUACA